AUGGUGGAGGAUCCCUGGUGGGCGGUGGAGGCGGCGGGGCGUCUCGGCCAAAUGGGUUAUCUUGCAUCUUACAAGGGGACAAAAUACCAUAUACCAGAGUUUCGUAAUUCCACAAUGCCCAGAGGUACGAAAGAGACCUUCAAUUUUGCUCAUUCUUCACUUGGCCUUUGGAGUUUUAAAAAUGAAGUGGAGGAUGUUGUUGAAAGUGCCAAGCUACCCACCGGCAAAGAGGAACUCAUCGCCGCCAUAUCGUGGCACCAAUACUACUCCAACUCCUCCGCGUCUUUCACCUACGGCAGCAACGUCCACUCCUACGACCCCUACUUCGACGACGACGGCGACGUCAAGCCGGCCGUGGUGGAGCACUGGCGCCGCGACCAGGCGGCCUACGGCUUUCCCUGCGCGGUGGAGGACGACGUCAAGCCGGCGAGGCCCGCGAAGCAGCGCCGGGCUCCGGCGGGAGGAGGAGCAGGGGGUCGCCGCGUCCACGAUGGAGACGACGGGACCGUGCUCUCCUGGCCCGCGGCGGAGCAGUUCCGCUCCACGCUGCGCACGCAGGAGUCCCUCGCCGGCCUCCGCGCCAGGCCGCGUGCGACCCGCCGCCGCCGCCCAGGGGCCGCGGCGGGGCGGGCCGCGUCGGCGGUGCCGAUCUGCGUGUACGCGCAGGCGUUCGCUGCGGGGAUGCGCCUGCCGCUGCACCCGUUCGUCGCCGGCGCCCUCGCGCACUACGGCAUCGCGCCGUCGCAGCUGGCACCCAACGGCUGGCUCGUCCUCGUCGCCUUCACCGUGCUCUGCCAUUUCCGCGGCGCGGGGGCGCCGUCGCUGCCCGUGUUCCGCCACUUCUUCGGCCUGGCGCCACUGCCCAAGGCUAAGGGCUGGUACUCCUUCCGCGGCAGGGAGAGCGUGCCGGCGCUCUUCACGGGGCUCCCCAACUCCACCAAGACGUGGAAGGAGGAGUUCCUGCUCGUGUCGCCGCCGCCCAGCGCGCCGUGGCGCUGCCCCGUGCGCUGGGGCGAACCAUCCAAGGAGGCCACCAGCGACCCGGUGCUCACCGAGGCGGAGGCGGCCGUGGCGCGCCGCCUGGCGCAGGGUCACGGCGUCGUCGACCUCAAGACGUAUCUGUCCGAGAGCAACCUCGUCGCCGCCAAGAUAAGCCGCGUGCCAGCGUGCUCUGGGACGGAGGCUUCCCGCGUCCAGCCAUCGCCCCCGGCCAAGAAGAAGAAAGCGGUGGCAGCGGCGGCUGUUGGUGCUGGUGGUGGACCUAGCGGAGAUACUCUUCGUUCAGAGCUUCAGGCGAAGGAAAGGGCUCUCGCGCAGGCCAAGGGCAAGAUCAGUAAGCUGGAGGAGGAGCUGGGCAAGGCCAAAGCGAGGGAACUCGCCGAGGCACGGCAGGCAUUGGCGUACGAGCGGCAGCUCAGGAUGCAGGUGAUCAAGGCUGAAGGCGGCAAGGGUGCCGGGGCCGGCAAGCGUCGCCGUGGCGCCCAGUGAUCCACAUCGACGUCGUUCUGCACGCCCCAGCCCGCAGCUCGACGCGAGCCGGCGAUCGAGACCUACAAUGGUUUCCUGUUUCCUCAUUUUGUAGCAUUUUGGGAAGGUCUUUUUAGGAGUCCGCUACAGGUUUCUGCAUAACCUGCAUUGACGACAAUGGGAAGGUCACCGUCGAACGAAUAUCCAGUAGGAUAUGUGUUUUUUGCCAAAUUCCAUUCUUGCAUUGCCAACAAAACUAGUUGAACACUUGAAAUUGCUUACAAGUAUGGACCUUACAUGCGAGCACGUUUCUAAGAUGGUACGUGUGCUGGCCCAUGCCUGAUU